CCCGGCUGCUGGAGGGGACAGGAACAGGAACAGGGACGAGGACAGACAUGGCUGCCCCAGGCCAGCCCCAGAAGGCCACCUACGAUGCCAUCGUCAUCGGGGCUGGCAUCCAGGGCUCUUUCACUGCCUACCACCUGGCCCAGCGCCGCAGGGACACUCUGCUUCUGGAGCAGUUCAUCCUGCCCCACUCGAGGGGCAGCUCGCACGGGCAGAGCCGCAUCAUCCGCAGCGUCUACCCCGAGGAGUACUACUCCCGCAUGAUGCCCGACAGCUUCCGCCUCUGGCAGCAGCUGGAGGCUGAGGUCGGCAUCCGCCUCUACAGGCAGACGGGACUGGUGGUGCUGGGGCCGGCGGGAAACGAGGAGCUGGAGGCCUGUCGGCGCAGCCUGGGUGACAGUCAAGUCCUUGACCCCACGGCGCUGGCCCGGCACUUCCCUGGCUACCGGCUCCAGGCUGGCCAGGUGGCCGUGUUGGACAGCACCGGCGGGGUGCUCUUCGCUGACCGGGCACUGAGGGCAGUGCAGGAGGUCUUUCGCCGACGCGGGGGCACCGUGCGGGAUGGGGAGAAGGUGCUGCGCAUUGAACCUGGGGCCAUGGUCACUGUCACCACCACGGGUGGGGUGUACCAAGCCCCCCGGCUCAUCAUCACGGCCGGAGCCUGGACAGGUCCCCUUGUGGAACCCCUAGGUCUCCGCCUGCCGCUGCAGCCCCUGCGCAUUGAUGUGUGCUACUGGAGGGAGAAGGAGCCUAAGAGCACCAACACGGGCAGUGUCAGUCCCUGCUUCCUGACCGUGGGGCUGAGCCAAGCCCCCCAUGGCAUCUACGGGCUGCCCGCCCUCGAGUACCCAGGGAUGGUCAAGCUGUGCCACCACCAUGGUAGCCCCAUUGACCCUGAGAAGCGGGAUCAGGCCCCCUCGGGUGCCGACCGCCCUGACAUCAGCCUCCUGAGCAGCUUCAUCAGCAGCUACCUGCCCGGGCUGGAGACCCAGCCGGCUGUGAUGGAGACCUGCCUGUACACGAACACUCCAGAUAAAGACUUCAUCCUGGACCGACACCCCAAGUUCAGCAACAUCAUCAUUGGUGCUGGCUUCUCAGGCCAUGGGUUCAAGCUGGCACCAGUGGUGGGGAAGUUGCUGUGUGAGCUGAGCCUGGGCGAGGAGCCAUCCCACAACAUGGCCCCCUUCGCCAUCACCCGCUUCCGUGAUGUGCUCCAGUCUGUGCUGUAGAUGUGGGGCUCCAGAUGUGCCCCCAUGGCAUUGCACCAGACUGCAGCUGUGUCCCUGCAUUCCAGUGACCUUAUGCCUCAGUAGGCCUGCAUCAAUACCUGUCUCCAUCUCCUUGCACCCUGGUGUCCCAACAUGCUACACUUCUCCAACUCUAGCUGUCCUUCAUCCCCACAUCCCUAUAUUCCACCAUCACAUCACCGAGCACCCUGGCAUCAAUCCAUGCCAGCAGCCCUCCAUCUGUGCAUCCCAGCACCACUGCACCUCCACAUUCCAGAACCUGGGUAUCCCCAUGCCCCUGCCUCCCUGCUACCUGCAUCCCAGCAGCCCUGCAUCCCUAUACCCUGCCUCCCCACAUCCCAGCAUCCCUGUCUCCCUGCAUCCCAGCAUCCCCCAUGCCAUGCAGUGCCAAGCUGUCUCUACCAAGCACCCGCUCCCUGGGAACAAAUUAAGAAGCUUUGUCAGCCUCAUGAAGAUGGAGUUGGAGCAGCGCAGAGAGACACACUCGCUUAGGAGUCAAGUUAAAUGUUUUAAUGUUAAAUGUGCCAUUUUAUUAUCAUUAGAUCGCUCCCACUUAAUGAAAGCGCAUUAGCGCAGCGUGGCUUUAUGGCAGCGAGCGCUGAGCUUGGCCCAUGUUUUACCAAAAGAUGCUGGGAAAAGGGAUCAAAUAACCUGGUUUGCCAAGGUCCCAGGAGUGGGGGUGUCUCAGAGGGUCCCUGGGGCCGGGUUCAGGGGACAGCACAUGGCACAGGCCAGCAGGUGCCAGGGCCAAGCCGUGCAGGCAGCCAGCAAUGCACAUCAUCAUCAUCUCCUCCGCGUUAAAUAAUUAACGCCGGCAGGCAGCAGCUCUGUCCCGCUGCUCAUCUGCAUAUUUAUGAAGAUUGAUAAAUGAUUCAGUGCUGGCACCCACAAGGGCUGUCCCCCCCCUACCCUCCCCAGCACCCGUGGGUGCAGCAGACUCAGGGAAGGGGCCAGGCUUGGCCCUUCCAAACAGCCCCGUAUCCUUGCCAGGGCUGGAUCCAUUCCACCAGACCUUGACACCAUGCAAACACCCCUGCAAAAUGGGGAGACCCCCCUGGCACAUGGAGCAGGCAGCAGCCGGUGUCACCAGCCAGAAAUGACGUUUAUUUUCAUACUGAAAGUAAAGGGGGUGUGGUGGGAUGCACAGCUGGGCUAGUGCAAAACAGCCAGGCAGGAGUGGGGGAAUGGGGAGCUGUUGAAAACCCAAGUGGACACCUGGGACCUUGUCCCCACGUCCCCUUCCCAGCUGCCAGGCGGCUGCUCCCCAGGGCCCGGCCAGCGAGAGACGUCUUUGGCUCAACUAAAAGGGGUGCAAGAGGGGGGGAGUUUAAGUUAUAAAAUAAAGAGCCAGCAGGCACUGAGGAAUGAACCCAGGGUGCCGGAGCAGCCGACUCCACCGCCAAGGACAGACAGGAGGUGGGAAGGUGGGGGGUGCAGCCAGCGAGCCGGCCGGGCUGCUCCCCCCAUGGCCGGGGGACGGCUGAGUGUGUCCCCCCCACCCCGCACAGAAGAAAUACCGGCUGC